GUGGCCCCAAACUCCUUCGACCUCAAUUUUGUGGCCUGGAUUGUGCCUUUCUUUGGCACUGCUUUGGUGCCGUUUCAGAACCACCUUCAGCUCAGCUCAUUGUUCACUGUCCAGUGGAGAGUUACCCUAACUCUCUCUCACUACUGAGGGCUUUUCACUUCAUCAGCUUGGCUCUUUGCUAAAACCACAUGGCCAUGUUUGCACAUUGCCCCGCUUGCGUUUAGAGCACCUGUCGGGUUUCUUGUCUCUGUCAAUGCUCGUUUGCAUGAUAACUUGGGUCUUUCUGUGACUGACUGUAUGUUACUACUGCUAUCGUUGUCGAUGCUACCGUUUCGAGUUGUCAGAAAAUGCGUGUCAGUGCUUCGAGAGAGGUUGGAAUUGAACUCUUGGUAAAGUUGGUGAUAAUUUCAGAGAAUCCUGCUGGGGCGUGGAAUCAGCUCGUGUAUUAGUUUUGGUUCAUAUUGCUCAAGCAUAUUCUGAAUUGUUUUUCAUAGUACCUGCUCAGGCACCAUGGAUGAUGAUUGGGGUGCAUGCCUCUAUCGUUCCUACUUAAUGCUAUCAUGAGGCUUUGCAUUACAACCCUGAGUUUUUAAGUGAAUUUGAUGUUCAUCCGUGGCGGAGGUCAGAUCUUGUGUGUAUAUCGUUUGUAAACUCAGAAUCCGAAGGUUUUGUUGUCUCGCUCCCGGUGAUGGGCAGUGAUGAAACCAAGAGAAAUAGCCAAUGGGAUGAUGAAGACAAAGAGGAGGAACCUCAAGAGGAGAAGAAGAAGCAUGUACCUGAGGUUGGAUCUAAACCCAAGGAACAUGAGAAAAGUAAUAAAACGGCUGAUGAUGAUGGGGUUGUUUCUGAUCCAUUGGUGGAGAAGCUGCGUCAACAGAGGUCGGUUGAGGAGGCUGAUUACCAGAACACAUCGGAGCUUUUUGGAAUCAAGUCUAGGGGAGGUGUUAGUUUAAACGAUUUUAUCCCGAAAUCCGAGGACGAUAUUCUAGAAUAUGCUGAAAUGAUUUCUCGAAAGAUAAGACCAUUUGAGAGAAGUUUCCAUUACAUGACACUUCUGAGGGCGUUGUUGCGGCAUUCAGUUGCAAGCAUGAAAGGCUCGGACGCCAAGGAGGUUGCAUCCAGCAUGACUGCAAUUGUUAAUGAGAAGUUGAAAGCCGAGAGGAAAGCUGCCGCUGGGAAGAAGAAGACAAGUACUUGCAUACCCAUUUCCUCUGUUAAAUUGUUGAAAAUUGUUUUAAAACUGUAUUUCUUGAGUGAAAACUGAUUCACGUGGACGUGCUUUUGUCACCUUUUGUGGUUUACUCUUUAUGUGCAAGAACAUUGUCCUUACCUUGUUGUUCAAACAUUUGUAGUGUUCUUCUUGGUGAUUACAGAAUCCUUAAGAUUUUUUUUUUAAUCUUUCUUAGUUUCUCCUAGAAGUAAGGAACAUUAGUUGGAUUAGUUCAUAAGAUCAAAGGUGUAAAUAAUAAUGUAGAAAAAGAAUAGAUAAAGGAAAGGUGAAAGGGACCAACUAAUAAUCCUUGUUUUUAGAAAGAAAUAACUUGUGGCCUUGGACCUCUAUAGUCCUCCUUCCCUUGCAUUUGUUUAUAUUGUGCCUUAUUCCAGUACUAUCAUCAAUGUCACAAAGGACUUGCUCUUGUGAGACUGUAUUUUGUUUUUCUAUAAGAUUUAGCACCACAUUCUCUUUUUGGA